AUGAUAAAAGUACAAUUUAGUUGCUGCCUGAUAAUUCUUUUUCUAAUUUCAAUUUUAGAAAGCAACGACGAAACAAACUGUAGACGUCAACUUUAUACAGAUGAAUGCAAUAAUAGCGGAUGGUUAUGGAAUUGUAGUCAAUUGAACUUAAAACGAAUUCCUAGUCUCACCACAGGAAAAACUGAAGGGAGAACGUUUUCGAUUGACCUCUCCAGAAAUAAGUUCACAUCGAUUUCCCAAACUACUUUCACAGGUGUCAAGAAAGGGCUUUUGAGGAACGUAACAGCUUUAUACUUCAGAUACAAUGAACUGCAAAUUAUAGAUAGCUUUUCUUUUAAAUGGCUGUAUAAACUGUGUGUUCUGGAUGUUUCAUACUGUAAACUUCACACAGCUUCUCUCAGAAAAUAUGCAUUCUCAAAUCUUGGAAAAUUGGAAAUUUUAUACGCACAAGGCAAUGUCUUUCUUAAAAUCCGCAACAAACGUAAAGGUUAUCCUGAUCGGGAAUUAACAAGAUUGCUACCUUUAAAAACACUUCAUAUUGAUGUAUUUGAAGGAUUUAUCUUUAAAAACGAUUUCAAACGUCUACAAAGAUUAAGCGAUGUGGAAUUCUAUAUCACCGGGUCCAUGUUCCAUUUAACCAACAACACAUUUAGCGGAUUAUCAGAUUCACCCAUCCAUAAGUUGACGAUGAUAUUUGUGUACGACGUGCAUUGUGACGUCAGUGAAUAUCUCCUUUGUUAUUUUCCAUAUCUAAAGGGUGUUGAAAUGAACUUCGGCGGUAUAUGUGGCUUGAGUGUAGUACUUAGAACCUUAAAAUGUCUGCGAAACCGAAAGAUAGACUAUAUACAUGCCAGUGAAAAUGUUCCAUAUAUUGUUCGCCAACCUUUAAUUCUAAAUAAAAGUAAUUGCGAAUAUCUGCUGAGUGUCUGCUUCAACACAUUAGAUUUCAGCAGUAACCGAAUCGCAGGUAUUUCCGUAGAACCACAUGGAUGA